UGGUGAGUAGGUGCCACUCUGGCAAGCUCACGGUGUGCUCACGUCUGCCCGCUGCAGCCACCUUCCCUCGGCACUGCAGAGGGAAGAGAGGCCCAGCUGCAGCCUGGAAAACCCUCAGGACACAGAUUUGUGCUGUCCAAGAGAGGUGUGGGUGAGUGCUGCUGAGUGCCCAGCAAGGGGCUUGAGCCAGCCCAGAUGUGCACAGGCAGGUCCCCUCUGACCCUGUCAGGGCUUGGCCUGCAGCCCUGCAGCCUGAAAAUGGAAUGUGCCAAGUUUCACCUAAACAAGAGGAAGAGCUUUGUUGUGAGGGUGAGUGGAACAGGUUGCCCAGCGAGGCUGUAGAGUCUCCUCUGAAAAUACUUAAAAGCCAUCUGAACAGAGCCAUGAGUACCCUGGGAGCCCUGCUUCAGCAGGGAGGUUGGACUAGAUGACUUCCACUAGUCCCUUCCAACCUCUCCCAUCCCGGGAUUCUGAUUCUGUGACCUGUGGAGAUGAGGCACAAAGUCCCAGCCAGGGGUGACAGGUAAGGCGUGUGCUCCCCUGGGAGGGCCGGUGUGGGUGCACACACGGGGGUGUCCGUGCCAGAGUGUCCCUGUGCCUGUCCGUGCCCGUGAGUGUCCCCGAGUGUCCCUGAGCCUGGGGCCGUGCGUGUCGGUGCGGCGGUGCUGCGGCACCAUCUCGUGGCCAUCGGGACCGGGCUCCGCGGGCCCGGCAGAGCCGGGGACAUGGGUGUGUACGACCCUGAUAUGGCAAACGGGUAAGGCUGCUGAAAAUGUGCGGUAGUUUUUAAAUUUGCCAGGAAAAGUGCAAUGAAACGCAGCAAGCAGCAUCUGAGUUUUAUAGGAGCAGGUGCAAAGGGAAGUUUAAAUGCAAUCUGUUCAAUAACCCAUUGGGAAGUAAUGGAUAUCCUGUCAGUUUGCCUCAAAAUGAGCAUCCCACAGGAUACCCUGCACUGGCCAGGAGCUCUGGGUAUCACCAUGGGAGGGUCUUUGGCUUGCACUGGGGUGCAGCACACAAUACUAGGGCCAGCAAGGUGUGGAGAUGUGGGGCUGAGCACAGAGCCUGGGUGCUGUAUCUGUCAAGCCACAGAGGUUUCACUGUUUAAAAGCAUUAAAAAUGGCUUCAGAACUUCACUUUUAGCUACGUAAGGCAAAUCCUGAGGAAUGAAACAGCUGUCUGUUGUGUCGGUGGGGGUGAUGUUUGUGAAACCGAUGAGUUACCCUGGUGGAGAUAUGGGACCACAGAAACAGACCAUUGCCUGCAAACAGGCUGGCCUGGAGAUCUUCAGCUUUCCCUGGAUGUGACGAGUCAAGUGGUGCCAGCAGAUAACGCCUGGGGAGUACGUGACUGCAUCCCCUCCAAGGGGUUUCUGCUGUGGCCUCCUGCACUGGGGGCACAGCUCCUCUCCUGGGUCCCGGCCGUCCCUUAUCUCCCCGCACAGACCUGUGUCCUGACCUCAUGUGAAGCCGAGCCCUGUGCCUGGGACGUGGAUAAAGAGCUGGCCAGGUGAUGAGACCCCCAUCCGGUGUCCUCACUCCUGGCUUGGCAUGGCUCGCUCCGCUGGCUGAACUCAUUUGCAAACGCUCAGCCAAGACAAUGUACCAGCAUAUCCUUUUCCUUUUCCUCCUCUCCUGCAGUCCCCAUAAAUGCCAAGAUCAAAUCCUGGGUGAAGAUCCAUAUGAAAUGCCCAAAGACUACCAGGAGGUCUACAGAGGAACAAAAAAUGAUGUCAAAGAGAUCCCAAAGAUUGCAAAGCCCUUUGUUUCUGAGAUGAUCUUUGUGCAGACCAGCAUCACUGCUAUCAGGAAAGGUGCCUUCAGGUACAUGCCCAACCUAACCAAGAUUUUGUUCAUUGGCAACAAGAUCAAGACUGUUGAACCUGGAUCCUUUGAUAAUUUGGACAAGUUGAGGGACUUGGACAUCUCUGGUGCCUCAUUAGAAAAACUAUCUGUGGGCACUUUCCAAAACCUCCCAAGUUUACAGAGGCUGGAGCUGAGAGACAGCCAGCUCAGAUCCAUCCCCAAAGGCCUGUUUGAUGGGCUGGAAAGUUUGGGAGAGCUCUCCCUGCACAUCAAUGCAAUCCCUUCUCUUCCAGAAGGCAUUUUUGAUUCUCUUGUCAAUCUCACUUUUUUGGACCUGUCUAGAAAUAGGAUCACAGCUCUUCCUGGGAAUGCCUUUAGCAAACUCACCCAGCUGCAAGUCCUCCGGCUGUAUGAGAAUGAGUUGCAGCACCUCCCAGAGGGACUGCUGGACAGUCAGCUGGAGCUGCUGGAGCUCAGCCUCCAGAGGAACAGGCUUAGGGCACUGCCAUCCAUGCUUCUGAGGAGCCUGCCUCACCUGGAGAAACUCUUCUUGGACAACAACCUCAUCAGGGUUCUCCCACCUCAGGGCUUUUUUGGUUUAAACAAACUGAAGUUGCUGACUCUGGGCUCAAACCAUAUUAUGGAGCUUCCCUGCUGCCUUUUUGACACCAUGCCACACUUGCGGGAGCUGGAUCUGGGCAGGAACAGUUUGGCCACACUUCCAGAUGGCAUCUUUGUCAAUCUCACAUCCCUUGGCAAACUCAUCUUGUCCCACAACCAGCUAUCUGCCCUGCCAAGAGGAGCCUUCACAGGGCUCAGCAAGCUCUUGGACCUCCAGCUGGACACAAAUCAGCUCUCUGCUCUGGAUGAAGAGGUCUUUGCUUCUCUCCCAAAUCUGAAAACCCUCAACCUUCGAAAGAACCAGCUGGAGAGUGUUCCCCAAGGGCUCCUAGACCCUCUGAAGAAGCUCAGCUCAGUGUAUUUGAGCGGUAACCCAUGGAGAUGUGACUGCAACCUCUGCUACCUGCACGGCUGGAUCCUGCACAACAAGGAGAAGGUCAAAUUGUCCACCCAAGUCUCCUGCAAGAGCCCACCCCACCUGGCAGGGCAAGAAGUAACAUUGCUGAGGGACGAACACCUGAUUUGUCCAGGCACUCUGCCCUUUAACUCCACACCAUCACAAAGGACAGCAACGUUCCUGUCACAUGGAGCCAUGUCCACAGCAGCACCAACCAUGCUGUCACUGGCAUCCUUUCCCAUCAGGACACUGCCAAACACUCUUUCACCUGUGGUCACCUCUGCUGUGUUGCCAACCAUGCCAAUGGAGGUUGCCUUCACCACUCUGUCACCAACCAAGCCACCUAAGGCCUUUGUCACCACCCCACCACCAGCUGUGCUGCAGAAGACCUUUGGUGCCAGCCAAUCAAUAACCAAUAAGCCCAUGGCCUCCAUCACCAUGCCAUCAACAACCAGUGUGCCCAGGUCCUUCAUCACCACACCAUCACCAACUGUGCUACCAAAAGCCUUCAUCAGCACCUCAUCUCCAGCUGUGCUGCCAGAGAUCUCCAUUACAACCUCAUCUCCAAAGGCCUCCACUGCCACACCAUCAUCAUCAGCUGAGAUGCCCAAGGCUUCCAUCACCACACCAUCAUCAGCUAUUUCAACUUCAGCCAUUGUAAGGCUACAGUCUCCUGGGGCCACCCACCCAGACCCUGUGCCACCUGCUCUAGCUGCUGCCACCACACAGGUGCCAACAAGCCCACUGGCAGCCACCACCAGACAAGAGCCUCCUGCUCUCUCAGUGCCCAGGGAGAAGCCAGCCACCAUCCCACAGGGAACACCCAUAGCCCCCCUUGUCUCAGCUUCCUCCGUGGCACUCUGGCCAUCCCCCAGGGCUGCUGCUCUGGGCACAGUCCCACUGGCCUCACAUUCACCAUCGCACCGUGCUCCUGCGCCAGGCAGGGAAUGGGGCUAUUCCACCACGUGUGACCUGUCCACAGCUGGUGCCCAGCCCACCCCCACUGCCCCCCAACACGCUCCUGCUCCGGCAGGCACUGUCCUGCUCCCAACACCUCCCGUCCCCACACUAUCAGACAGCAUGAGCCCCUGCCCAGCCUCUCCACCCCUGGUCCCCAGCAGCCAUCGUGCCUGGGGCUCAUCCCUAUGGGCCAGCCCAUGGCAGUGCCAGGUGUCCCUGGCCUUGGGGGUGGCCGUGCUGGCACUGCAGGCAGCCUGCACACUGCUGGGGGGGGUGGUCGCAUUCCUUCUUCACCAGGACACGCGCCACCAACCCGGGCCACCCGUACGGCUGCUGAGCCUUCAGGCGCUGGCUGCUCCGGGGACCGCUGAGCCAGCCCCGGCACCACCUUGAGCUUUGCUGUCCCUGUAUGACCUGGGCUGUGCCAUUUGUCCUCCUUUGGGGUCUGCAGCCGUGCUGGCCGCGGGGUGCGCUGUCCCUGGGAUGGGGGUCCCGGCACCCAGGCCGAUCCCAGUGCAGGGGCUCCCCGCAGCCGGGCUGGUUUGGGAUGACUCCUGGCGAUGCUGGGAGCCUGCGAGCCUAUGCGCGGUGUCCCUGCCUGACGGCCCUUCUGCCAAGGGACACUAGAUGGCAUCCCGACACCGGCAGUGGCUGCCACCGCCUGACCGCGGCCACCGAAACGCCGGAGCCCCCGCACCGCGGACAUGGCCGCUUCUUGGCCAUGGUCAGGAGCCCCUACCCGAAUCUCCUCACAUCCCUGGAAGGUGCUCGCAGACCUUGGGGAAAGAUAUCACAAGACUUCCUGCCCUGCACCCCGUUCUCUCCUCUGUGCCGCGCUACAGGAUGUAUCAGUGUCUGUGCCACCAUCAUACACAGAUCUCUUCUCCUCUCCCUCUCCCUUUCCUCCUCCCUGAUAUUAAAGCCUGCUCUGCAUGUCUGA